AUAGCAUUUAAAAAUGGCACAGUUUGGAUUCUGUUUACUGCUUCUGUUCUUUGGACUGAUUCAUCACAUCAAAAGCCAUAUUAAAAAGGAAGACCAAACUGGGGUAAUGGAACGACCCAAUUUCAUCAUUAUCCUAGCCGAUGAUAUUGGAUGGGGUGACCUCUGGGUGAACCACACCAACAACUCCACACCAAAACCCUGGCUGGACUCAUUAAUGCUGAAGGGCAAGAGAUUCACAGACUUCCACUCUCCUGCCUCCACAUGCUCACCAUCACGUGCUACCCUCCUGACCGGCAGACAUGGGCUACGCAAUGGGGUCACUCAUAAUUUUGCAGUGGGGUCAGUCAGAGGACUGCCACUCAAUGAGACAACAUUUGCUCAGGUCCUGCAUGAUGCAGGUUAUUACACAGCCAUUAUUGGAAAAUGGCACCUUGGACACAAUGGUUCCUACAGUCCUGUUCAUAGAGGUUUUGACUAUUACUUCGGUAUUUGUUAUAGUAACGACAUGGGCAGCACUGACAAACCAGGUCUCGACCUUCCCAGCUGUCCUCCCUGUGUCCACAGUCAAUAUACAACAAGGAAGCAUGAAGAAUGCUACACUGAAGUGGCAUUACCUCUGUUUGAAAAUGAGACAAUAAUUGAACAGCCCUUGGACACAUGGAGCCUUAAAAACAGAUAUGCCUCAGCGGCAGUCAAGCAGAUAUUCACCACCAGCUUUUCUAAGAAGCAGCCGUUCCUACUGUAUGUGGCUCUUGCUCACAUGCAUGUCCCACUGUUCCAUAACUCCUUCCUAAAUGUUACGACACAAGACCCUUUCACAGCCAGCCUCAGUGACAUGGACUCUUUGGUGGGGACAAUCAUGCAGACGGUCAGCACUGAGCAGCUGGAAAACACAUUAAUAUGGUUCACUGGUGACAAUGGCCCAUGGGAACAGAAAUGCCAGUUUGCUGGGCAUGUUGGGCCUUUUGUUGGAAAGUGGCAGGCAAGCAGAGGUGGCGGCUCAGCCAAGAGAACCACAUGGGAAGGAGGUCAUAGAGUUCCCACAGUGGUCGCAUGGCCUAAGAAGAUCAAACCCAACAGCACCAGCAGAGCCCUGCUGAGUGGUCUGGACAUCUUUCCAACUAUCCUUUCCCUGGCUGGUGUAAAACCACCAUCAGAUCGACGUUAUGACGGCAAUGAUAUAACUGACAUUCUGCUCAACGACUCUGACACAGCGCAUAAGAGUCUCAUGCAUCCAAACAGCGGAGCUGCAGGACAAUUUGGUGACCUUCAAACCAUCAGACUAAAACAUCACAAGGCAUUUUACAUCACAGUUGGAUCAGUGACAUGCGGUGGAAGAAGUGGACAACAGCAGUAUCAGGACCCCCCUCUGAUAUUUGACCUCUCACAGGACGAGGCAGAGGAGACCCCUCUGAACCCUGAGAGUGAUGAGUACAGAUCUGUCCUGAAGGAAGUGGAGAGAGAGAGGGAGGCUCUGCUAUGGGACAUCGCCACAGAUAAGGUAUCAUUGGCCGACUACACUGUAAUUCCGGCUGCAGUCUCCUGCUGCCAGCCACACAACCCCACCUGCCGAUGUCACAGUUUAAAAUGAGGUCAGUCAGGCUCAGCCUUGAACUCAGCACUGUUUGUCAAUGGGUUAGAUCACAUCAACAUAUUAAAAGCACUGUUUUUUCCUACACUGGGAAGACCAUAGUUCAAAUAUUGAACGCAGUGUCCCAGAAAACCGCACUAGAUAUGUUGUUGAUUUGUGAUGCUAAGGCUGUGUAACAGGAAACUAUAGCUUCCAAGAUGUUGCAGUACAUUUCAAUUCUGCUUUUUCAUUAUGAGCUAGACCAGGGGCCAGUUGCAUAAACAUGGCCACUAUGUUAAGACUGUGUCUUAAGAAAUAGUUUAACCAACUAGCAGUUAGCCAAGAGGUAACCAGCCUUACUUUUCUGACUCAGAUUGGGCCAGUCUAACUUUUUGUAACUGACUUAAAAAAAAUUAUAGUCAAAAAAGAUGACUAAUUUUUUAAAUAUUAGUCUAAGCAGUUUAUGCAACUGGACCCAGGUGUUUUCAAACAGGGGCCUGUAAGGGGGUAAUUUCAAUCACUGAUCUUCAUAUUUCUAAAGAAAUCAUGAGAUUAAUAUCUGUUUUAUUCCUUUGACAGCUCUAUUUUUUAAUAUGAAAAAUCAGUUUUAUUCUGUUUUAAAGGGUUGUGCACCUCACAUUACUGUUAAAGUGGGUAUAAAAAUACAUUGUAACCAAAUACCAAGUAGUCUUUAGUACAAAGGAAAUAAAAAUGAUUUAUAAUAAUUAUUUAAUUUUUGGGAAAAAAAACAUGUUGUCUUUAUAAUUUUAUAGGUGGCUUUAUAUUUUGGAAGCAUAUAUUUUAAACAGUUAAAAUACAUGAUUGUAUGAGAUGCAAAUACAAAUAGAUGAAAAUAUAUUUAUAUAUCUUAUGAGUUUUAUAUAAAUGACAAAAUGGGGAAUAACUUUCACUUUCCCUAGUUUGAUACCAUGUCUCCAUCUUGUGGUAAUACUUCUGCCAUAACUGUAACUGCAUAACUUAUUAUUGGAUUGAUUAAGAAACUGACAUCAUUGUUUUGUUACUUACUAAAUAUAUUAACUUAUCACAUGACUGAUAAUCACCACCCAAAAAAUCUCACUCAUUAAUUAUAUUACCAGCAUUCCUGACAUGAAUCUAAAAAUGUUUCUGAAAUAA